AUGGCGUCCACGCAGCCGCGCCCGCCGCCGCAGCUGCCGCCUGGCUGGACCACACAGUGGGAUGAAGGUGCAGGCCGUCAAGUGUAUGUGGAAUCGGCGACUGGCCGCGUGAGCUGGAACCCGCCGAUGAUGUCGCCCACACGGCCUCCAGGCCCCCAGCGCGCUCAUCCGGCAACAGCGCAUCUAUCGCGUCCCAUGCCACCUCAGGCUGGCGCUCGUCCAGUGCGCCCAGCGCCGAUGCAUGGCCGCGCGCCCAGUAUGCAAGUCCAGGGCACUCGUGUGCCGUCUGGCGCUCGUCCGCCUACGCGAGCGUUCUCGGGCUCCAUUUCCGUGUCCAAUCCCUCAGCGAUGCGCCCCUCUGUGCCAUCGCAAAGUACGUCUGGGCCGACUUCGCCGAUGCUCGGCGCUACCGCACGCCCGAUGCGGCCUGGGGCACCGCCUCUUCGUCCUGGCGCUCCAGGCCGCCCAGGCCAUGCCGCGAGUGCUAGCGUAUCGACACCCGUGUCGCCCGGCGCAGCCACGCGGCCGCCGCGGCCUGCCGUGCGCCCUACACCAGCACGCCCUGCGCUAGCGAGCCGCCCACCCCCUGGCCCUCGUCGUCGUGCGUACCCUACCGCGCACAUUGCGGCGCAUAGUAUUAGCUACUCGGGCGGCUACAACGAUGUCCCGAUGAUGGGCCAGGAGCCCAGCUCGACGUUCACGCCUGCGACAGUGGGUCAUAUGCCUACCCGCAGUGUGUCUGCGGUGCAUACGCCCACGCGCACGAUAUCGGCGGGCCAUGCGCCUAUGCCUUCGGCUGCGCCUGCGACGGCCUCGUUCGCCGUGCCGGAAGGUACGUUGGUCCCUGCGGACAUGGCAGGCGGCACGCCGCUAUCGGCACAAGCUGCGACGCCCGCCGCGGCGCCAGCGCCGGCGCCGGCGCCUGCGCCGAGUGUGAAUACCAUGACAGAGCAGAUGCAACACAUGCAAGUGUCGCAGCCGCCACGCAUGGGCAACCAAGUGCAGAACACGGUCGUCGGUGCGCAGCCGCCUGUGAUGAGCGAGCUGGAGGCGCAGCCGCCGCCGAUCUGCUUGCCGGCCGGUGCCACUGUGACGCCCUCGUUGAAGUGCAAUGCGGAUCCCUCGUACCAGCGUGUGACACUUACCGCGGUGCCUUCAACGCAUGCUCUUGCGACCAAGUUAAAGCUGCCACUCGCUGUGAUUCUAUCACCGAUGCGGAGUGUGCGUCCAGAGGAGGGCGACGAGCCUGUGCCGCUGGUGACAGACUCGGUGAUUGCGCGGUGCCGUCGUUGCCGUACGUACAUCAAUCCGUUCGUGACGUUUGUGGAGAAUGGCUCGCGUUGGAAGUGUCCCAUGUGCUUGAUUUCCAACGAGGUGCCCCAGCUCUUUGACUGGGACCAAGAAACGAACCAGCCAGCUGACCGCUGGAAACGCCCCGAGCUCAACUCGGGUGUGGUCGAGUUUGUGGCGCCGCGUGAGUACAUGGUCCGCCCACCGCAGCCGCCCGUGUACGUGUUUGUGAUGGACGUGACGUUUGCGGCGGUGUCGAGCGGCAUGAUCUCCACAGCAGCGAGCACUAUCUUGAAUGCACUGGACUCGAUGCCGAACAAGGAUGAUCGUGCGAAAGUGGCGUUCAUCGGGUUUGAUUCCCAGCUGCACUUUUUCCGCCUCGUGCCGGGUCAGACGGAGCCGUCGUUGCUUGUCGUCACAGACUUGGACGACGUAUUCCUGCCGCAGCCGAACGACUUAUUGGUGAGUCUGACGGAGUGCCGCAGUAGUAUUGAAGGGCUCCUGCGUGGUCUCGCGAAUAUGUACAAGCAGGCCGUCGCGUCGCCCUCGGCGCUCGGCGCAGCACUGCAGGCUGCGUUCAAGUUGAUUUCCGGCUCGGGCGGCAAGAUUGAAGUGUUCACUGCCUCGCUCCCGAGUGUGGGCCCAGGCGCGCUGAAGAUGCGUGACGAUAAGAAACUAUACGGUGGACCUCGUGAAGCGACGCUGCUGACGCCUGGCUCGCCAUUCUACAAGACGUUCCCGAUUGAGUGUUCGCGCAGCCAAGUGUCGGUGGAUAUGUGGCUGUUUGGCCCUGCGUACAUUGAUGUGGCGACGCUCUCGUGCUUGCCGCGGUACACGGGCGGCCAAACGUUCUACUACCCCACGUACGACUUGCAGCACCCCGAAAAUGCACGCAAGUUUGCACACGAGCUGCACCAGGUGCUUACGAGUCCCAUCAGCUACGAAGCCGUAUUGCGUCUUCGUGCGUCACGUGGCAUUCGCACGACGUCGUUCCACGGCAACUUUUUCGUGCGGUCGUCGGAUCUGCUGGCGCUGCCGAGUGUGCCGUCUGACCAGGGGUACAUGAUCGAGUGCGAGGUUGAUGAGCCGCUGCAUGUGCCGUACGCGGUCUUCCAGAGUGUGGUGCUGCACAGCACGUCGGACGGCGAGCGUCGUAUCCGUGUGAUGACCACCGCUGUGCCCACGACAUCGAGCCUCUCGGAAGUGUAUGCGAGUGCCGACCAGGUGGCGAUUGCCGGCUACCUGGCCCGCAAAGCCGUGGAAAAGUGCAUCACGUCGCGCCUCGACGAUGCGCGUGGCCUGCUCCGCUCGCGUCUCACGGACAUCUUGCAGGCGUACCGCAGCACAAUGACAAAUACACGCGGCGGCAAUACCGCGCAUUUGACAUUAUGCCACAAUCUCUCAUUACUGCCCCUGUUGGUGCUAGGCCUGCUGCGCAACCGUGGUUUCCGGAUGGGCAUGCAAAUCCCGAUCGAUGUGCGUGCGUACAACCACACGCUGCUCCAAACGCUGCCGCUGGAGCGGCUAGUGCCGUUCCUUCUGCCGGUUCUCUACUCCCUCCACAACAUGCCCGCUGACGCAGGCACCAUGGACCCUACCACCCAGACACUGAUCAUGCCUCCGCGUCUCACGCUGACCAGUGAGCGGUUCGAGCGACAUGGUCUUUACCUGAUCGAAGACGGUAUGUCGACGUUCCUGUGGCUCGGCCGUGCUGCAGUCCCAGCCCUUACCAUGGACGUGUUUGGUGCACAAGAUUACCAAGCGCUGCAGUCGGGCCCCGUCACAUUGCCGGCGCUCGACAACGCCAUGUCGAAGCGUGUGCGUGCGAUUGUCGAGCGCGUCGGUACGCAGCGCCGUGGGCCGUACAUGUCGAACGUGUACAUUGUGAAGGAAGAUGGCGAUCCAGGUAUGCGUUUGCUUGCUUUAAGCCGAAUGAUUGAAGAUCGCUACGAACAAACAAGUGGCUAUCUCCAAUUCCUCGGUCAACUACGCGAUAAGAUCAACGGGACUUGA